GUCGAAAACCUCAUUCACCUUGACCUUCGACUAUGACUUCCCUUCAACGAUGUCGUCUAUCUCUGCAUUCCUUGGGCCCAACGAACGCUAGUUCUUUAUUCAAUCUUUUCCGAUCAUUUUCGAUAUCGGCAUCAUCUGCCAAUUCCAACACUCAAACCGAAACGGCCGCCGAACCUUCACAGAGUUCGGAAUUAGUACUUCCUAAAUGGACACCCGGGAUUCGAAGAACAGGAGUUAUAGCUCGAAAGCGCGGUAUGACAAGCUUUUGGGACGCAGAUGGAGUUCGUGUACCGGUGACAGUGCUAGAGCUCGAAGAUGUUCAAGUGAUUGGUCAUAAAUAUCACGCCCGAGACAGUUACUGUGCUGUCCAGGUUGGAUGCUCAAAUCGGAAUACUCGGAAUAAUUUAAAUAGCUCGCAGAGGAAGUGGUUCGAGCAUGCAGGAGUUAACCCUAAGCAUCGAGUGGCUGAAUUUCAGGUGACAGAUGAGACCUCAUUAGUACCAGUCGGUACGGAAAUAUCUUCGGCCCAUUUUGUACCAGGCCAAUUUGUCGAUGUCAAAGCAAAUUCGAAAGGUAAAGGAUUUGCGGGUGUGAUGAAACGAUGGGGUUUCAGUGGAGGUAACGCCUCGCACGGAUCAACGAAGCAUCAUCGAAAAGCGGGAUCCACAGGUCAACAUCAGGAUCCAGGUCGAGUAUGGCCCGGAAAGAAGAUGGCUGGACGAAUGGGAAAUCAGCCCAUCACAGUACGGAACUUGCUGGUAGCUCGGAUUGACACCGCGCUGAAUGUAGUUUACGUGAAGGGACAAGUACCAGGUCCGACAAAGGGUUAUGUAAAGAUCUCAGACGCUGAGAAAGGCGUCCAUCGGGUCGGUCAGCACUGGAUUCGUAAGGGCUGGACUGGCCGGAAGGAAGAGGGUGAGGCAGGGAGCUGGGUGCUACCCGGUCGAAUCAAAAGUCUUCCUUUCCCGACCAUUGAUCGGCAAGUUGCAUCGGAAUGUCUUCCCGAACAGGUCAGCUUUUUGGGUGAAAGGAGGUUGAAAUGAUACAAUGCGCGUCAUAAUCUCGCACAUCUGUAUGUUUACCUAUGUAAUGAAUAAACAUAGACUUGUGCCUUGGCCCCC